GGCGGCCGCGGUGCCCGCCCGCGGCGCGGCGCAUGCGCGCUGGCGCGGCGGCCGGGGGCGGCGAAGCCGUGUGGAAGGGGGCGGCGGCACUGUAACGGGAAGGGCGGCGCGCCGCGGCGGCGCCUGUUUCCUCCGGCGGCUGAGGCGGUCGGGGCCGGGCCGCGCUCGCCGGGGGCUGGGGCGGCGGCGGGAUGAUGAUGGCGUACUUCGCGGAGAGCUUCUGGGGGGAAAGGAACAAUGGCUUUGACGUCCUAUAUCACAACAUGAAACAUGGACAUUUGUCAACAAAAGAAUUAGCAGACUUUAUUAGAGAAAGGGCUACAAUAGAGGAGGCAUAUUCAAGGUCAAUGACAAAACUAGCCAAAUCAGCAAGCAAUUACACACAGCUUGGGACAUUUGCACCUGUUUGGGAUGUUUUCAAAACCUCAACAGAAAAACUAGCAAGCUGUCACUUGGAUCUUGUACGAAGAUUACAAGAGCUAAUAAAAGAAGUUCACAAGUAUGGAGAUGAACAAAUCAAAGCUUAUAAAAAGACUAAAGAAGAAGUUUCAGGAACAUUGGAAGCAGUGCAAAGUAUUCAAAGUAUCACUCAGGCCUUACAGAAGUCAAAGGAAAACUACAACACAAAGUGUGUCGAACAAGAACGAUUGAAAAAGGAAGGUGCAACACAGAGAGAGGUUGAUAAGGCAGCAGUUAAAUUGAAAAAAGCUACAGAUACCUAUAAACUAUAUGUGGAGAAAUACGCUGCGGUUAAAUCUGAUUUUGAACAGAAAAUGACAGAAACUGCACGGAAAUUUCAAGACAUCGAAGAAACACACCUUCUUCAUAUGAAAGAGAUUAUAGAAUCGUUGUCAAAUACUAUAAAAGAAAUUCAUUUACAAAUAGGAGAGGUGCAUGAAGAGUUUAUUAAUAACAUGACAAAUACUACAGUUGAGAGUUUAAUACAGAAAUUUGCUGAGUCAAAAGGAACUGGCAAAGAACGACCUGGUCCUAUUGAAUUUGAGGAAUGUAACACAUCUACUGCAGUUGAAGGGAUAAAACCACGGAAGAGAAAACCUUUUGGUUUAUCAGGAAUAAUGAAAAAAGAAAAAGAUACUGAAUGUGUGGAAUGUCCAGAUGCAGACUCAGUUAAUAUUCCUGAUGUAGAUGAUGAAGGAUACAGCAUUAAGCCAGAAGCAACACAGAAUACCAAAGAGAACCAUUUCUAUUCAUCCAGUGAUUCUGACUCUGAAGAUGAUGAACCCAGGAGGUUCCAUGUAGAAAUAAAACCUGUACAGCCAAAUCAUAGCUCUCAAUGCACAAUGGCUUCCUUGGAUGAAUUAAAAGUAUCUAUAGGGAACAUCGCUCUUUCUCCAGCAGUAUCUCAGAGACACAGUCCUGCACAAAUGAAUCGAAAUUCAUCCAGUGAAGAGUUGACAAAAUCAAAGCUUUCUGCUCCAACUAAUGAAAAGGGGAACAGUGACCUACUGGCAUGGGAUCCACUCUUUAGCAGCUCUCUUGAAUCUUCUUCUUCAGCCUCCUUGGCGUCCUCAUCCUCCUCAGCAAGGCCCACAACUCCUCUUUCUGUAGGCACAAUUGUACCCCCUCCAAGGCCUGCUUCGAGACCAAAGUUGGCUACAGCGAAACUUAGUGGAAUUAAUGAAAUACCUAGGCCAUUCAGCCCUCCACUGACGUCUAAUUCAAGUCCACCACCUGCAGCUCCCUUGGCACGUGCAGAGAGCAUUUCCUCAAUAUCCUCUUCUGCUUCCCUAAGUGCAGCAAACACACCUACAGUUGGUGUUUCACGUGGUCCCAGCCCUGUCAGCCUUGGAAACCAGGACACCUUGCCUGUUGCAGUAGCCCUUACUGAAUCUGUUAACGCCUACUUUAAAGGAGCAGAUCCCACAAAAUGUAUUGUGAAGAUCACUGGUGAUAUGACAGUAUCAUUCCCAAGUGGAAUUAUUAAAGUCUUCACCAGCAACCCAUCCCCAGCUGUGCUGUGCUUCAGGGUAAAAAACACAAGCAAGCUAGAGCAGAUUCUUCCAAAUGCACAACUUGUAUACAGUGAUCAAUCACAAAGUGACUCCAGUACUAAGGAUUUCUGGAUGAACAUGCAAGCUAUAACUGUCUACCUCAAGAAACUAUCAGAGCAGAAUCCAUCUGCGUCCUAUUAUAAUGUGGAUGUUUUAAAGUAUCAGGUAUCUUCAAAUGGCAUCCAGUCCACUCCAUUGAAUCUUGCAACUUACUGGAAAUGUAAUGCUAGCACUACUGAUGUGAGAGUGGAUUAUAAAUACAACCCCGAGUCUAUGACUGUGCCCAGUACGCUGUCUAACGUACAGGUUGUGGUACCAGUAGAUGGAGGAGUAACAAACAUGCAAUCACUUCCACCUGCAAAAUGGAAUGCAGACCAGAUGAAAGCUUAUUGGAAAAUAUCUAGCAUUUCAGAAAAGUCUGAGAAUGGAGGUUCUGGAUCCCUCAGGGCAAAAUUUGAACUUUCAGAAGGACCCAGUAAACCAGCAACACUUGCAGUGCAAUUCAUUAGUGAAGGAAGCACCCUUUCAGGAGUAGAUGUAGAGCUAGCAGGCACUGGCUAUCGGCUUUCCCUGCUCAAGAAGAGAUUUGCCACUGGACGGUAUAUGGCAGACUGCUGAUGAACCUGUGAAAGUCAUUGGAUCAAAGGAGUGCAAGUAGCUCACUCUGCCCUCUCUACUUUUCAAACACUAUUUUAACAUGCAUUAAUUUUUAAAUUUUUUACUUACUUUGAGGCUGACUACAGAACAGAAAAUGCACUUUUAAAAGUCAUUUUGCAAACUUUUUAUUACUUUAUAAUAGCACUGAAGUGAACUUCAACACUGUCUGUAAAUGAUCAACUGCAAUAUUUGGGAGAAUUUGUUAAAAUUUUAGUAAAUUUAUAUAGAUUAAAUCAAAAUAGUAAUCAUUAGUUCUAAUGAAAGUAUGAAAUUGUAUGUUAUACUGUAAACGUAAACCUAAAAAUGUAGAAGAGCAAGCAAGAAAUAUUUGAGCUUUCCAUAAGUAAUACUCAGUCAUUUUUCAGAUUCUUUAACUGCCAAUGUUUAAAGAAAACAAAGGCAAAAUCUCACAAAAUUCUUCCAUUUACUCAAUGUGCCAUAAAACUGGUUGAGUUAGAGAUGUAUAAAAAAAACUUGAUGCCCAUGUAUCAUAUAUUAAUAACAUGUAAGUUGUUUUACAUAGGGGAUUUUUUUUCCUAAGUGCAAUGUGUUGCAAAAUUGCAAAAGACAGAAGAGAUUUACUUCUGCAGUUAGUAAACUUUAUGGGCGUUGUGAUUGUUUGAAUUAAUGCUGUAGAUUUAAUUUAUUUUUAUAUGAAUUGCAUAACGUUUGUGCCUUUAAAAAAAAACAAAACUGUGCCUAUCCAGUUUGUUAUUCAUGUGCCUCACUUCCUUUUUCAGAGUUUGGCUCUUCCAUAAAAGAAAGCAUGGUGUUUGUAUAAUACAUACAACUUUUAUAAAAAUUCCUGUGACUGGGAUUUAGAAGGGAAAUUUAUGAUAACUGGAGAUUGUUUCAUCAGAGGUUAAAAAGGCUGAAUUACUUCCUCAUGGGGUAAUUGCAAUAAAUGCAGCCAUAGUAAAGGGAGACGCAUCAUACAAGACUUUGAAACUUCAAUAUAGUAACUUUAACGUCACCAAAGAUGAGAAUCCUGAAAAAUCACAGAAGACUAGUAAUAUCAAACUUUUAAAAGCAAACAGCAUUUCCCUUCACUCUGACUGUAAGUCUUUGGAGCUUACGUGCUUUUGGGGUUGUGUGAUGUGAAUGUAAAUGUAGUACUUUGGGAGGAAUAGCAUUUUAGAAAAGUAUGUUUUGGCAGCAGGAUGACAAGUACUGCCAUUUGUAUUAAUUUAAAUUUUAUCUAUAACCAUCAAGUUAAUUAUUUGUAUUGUCAUCUAUCUGCUUUCCACAGCCUAAGCACAAGGAAGUGACACAUUGGUAACAUUUUUUAAAGCAAGUCACUAAUUUAGAAAGUCUUUUAUGUAUUUGUACUAUUAUUUUUUCAGUGCAGAAAUCAAAAGUAUUGGGGCAAAACAAUCUAAUAACCUCUAAAUGGGAAUUUUAUAUUACCAUUCUGAGGACCAGUAUCUAUUUCAAAUUCUCUAUUAAAACAACAAAACUUGCUUGAACUAAUUCAUACAAAACCAGUAAUGAAUCGGGCUGUUGAAGCUUUACAAAAAAAAAAAAAAAGCUUUGUAGAGGCUAUGUAAAUUCUAAUGUACACCAUACACUUUGGCAGAUGAGAUUUCCAUUGUUAGCACUAAGCACAUGCUGUACUGUAGAUCUGACUGGAAGAGUACGUACGGCUCUUAAUUUGCUAAUCUUUUUGAAUGGUGAAAAUAACGUUUCUAACUCAUAAAAUGGUACAGUCUUUACUGGAAUCUUAAUUGUAAUCUGCUUUGCAAUCAAACUGUGUUUAACACGGCAACAUCUUAUUUCUGAAAACCCAAAACUAUAUUAUUGUUUCUAAUCAAGUAUUACUUUCAUUUCUAAGUUAAAUGAAGUAGUUAUGUUUCAGCACUUUUAAACUAGCCUUCAUUCAGGUGAUUAAACAUACAUUUGCAUUGGGUGCAGGUUACAAUUUUGAAGCCAUACAAGUUUAUAUAAACUUUUUGUAAAGAAAGUCAAAAACAAUGUAAAAAGUACAUGUAGCUAUCUGAUGAAAAAAAUGUAUGUAGCAAGCUGGUUCUUGCUUGUGUAUACAGCAAUAUCAUUUGUAGCUGCCUCCUCUUAAGAAAAUUAACUUGUAAACACAACUCUAAAGGAUCUGAAUUUUUAUGGAUUGUUACUACAUCAGACUGUAAAUUAGAACAUACAAGUUUAUCUUACAAAAUUGUAAAUACUUCUGAUUUUUCAUAAAAUGUAAAUUUUAAAGAAUUUUGCACCCAUAAUAAACAUGUAAUAUAUAAUUUAAA